UUUUAUUUUUAGGUCCUUCCUUUUUCGAUCUUGGUCAGCAUAAAAACCAGUCGGCAGUUUUCAUUCUCUGUGACUCUUUUGACAUUUUCUGAAAAUGGGAUUCGGCGAUUUGAAAAAGCCAGCAGGCCUGAGUGCCCUGAAUGCCUACCUUGCUGACCGUAGUUUUAUUGAAGGGUACACUGUAUCGCAAGCCGAUGUGGUUGUAUUUCAGGCCAUGUCUGGCGCCCCCAGUGCUGACCUCUGCAACGCUCUCAGAUGGUACAACCAGGUCAAGUCAUACAACUCCCAAUUCAAGAGUUUACCUGGAGUAAAGAAACCUGUGACUGAGUACGGGCCCGCUGUAGCUGCCAAGCCAGCAGCAGCAGCAGCAGCAGAUGAUGACGACGAUGAUGAUAGUGACGUUGAUCUGUUUGGUGAUGAUGACGACGAUGAAGCCGACUUGAAGGCAAUGCAAGAGCAGAAGAAGGCGGCAGCAGCAGCAGCAUCCAAGAAGAAGAAAGUUGUUAUUGCAAAGUCCACCAUAAUUCUUGAUGUGAAACCAUGGGACGAUGAGACCGACAUGGCCGAAGUAGAGAAAUUGGUUCGUGGCAUCACUAUGGAUGGGCUCCGAUGGAACGCAUCUAAACUAAUCCCCGUUGGAUACGGAAUCAAGAAGCUUCAGAUCAGCUGCGUAGUUGAAGAUGACAAGGUCGGUACAGAUGACCUGGAAGAGAAGAUCACAUCCUUUGAGGAUAUGGUUCAAUCUAUGGACAUUGUUGCCUUCAAUAAGGUUUAAAACCUUGGAGGAUAUGGUUCAAUCUAUGGACAUUGUUGCCUUCAAUAAGGUUUAGAACCUUGUAUACGGGCUAAAACCACGGAAAUAGACACUGGACAACGCUACAACACUGAUUAUAAAACUUGACAAUUCUAGGAAAAUCUGAGGGCCUUGUCACAUGAGGCAACUUAGAGGCAACCAACUGCAGUGCAUUCUAGGACCACUUUGGUAGCACAUGAGUCAUUUUCUCAACAUUGUCUUACAAACCACAAGAUGAUGAACGUUGAAACGUGAUUUGCUUUUCUUCUUGGAGACUGCCUGAAACUGCAUGCCUGGAAACUGCCUGAUGUAACAUGGCUCUAACGAUAGUGUUCAUUUUUGUCAGCCAUUACAUACAUUUACAUGACUUGGUUAUAAAACAGAUCCAUUUUAAAUGAAGACAUGCAUGCACUGAGUUUUUGAUCAUCUGGCUUGGAUUGCUUGGGCAUUGAUUUUCACAAAGUUAACCUCCUAAGUGGAAGGUCUUCCUUAAACCACACUAAAUCAUUGAUGCAAAAGACCAGCUUUUAUGUAUUACAAAUUUAAUAAAUUUGUAUCAGUUACCCUUAAUAUGAGCUGGUGUACAUUGGAAGCAUGGCAAUGGUUCACUCUAUAGCAUGUUUCUAUCCAGUGCUUCAAAAUGAAAUACAGAUAUUAAUUUACAUGUAAUUAAAAAUUCAGGGUAAAAUACCUCAACUUUUGAGUAGCAUGUAUGUCAUGGCUUAUAACUAUUAUUUGAUAAUAAAGUAAAUUUGACAUUGA